AUGCUCGAAAAAGGAUCAAUUACUUGGAUGGCUUUUGUAAUUGGCAAAUUAAUUAUUAAAAUUCGUGAUUUAAUUCAGAAUGCCAAAACCAUAGAUAUUAUGGUAAUAUUAGCCGGUUACAUAUUAAUGUUUCUUACUUUCUUAUCUUUAUUCCUUAAUAUGAGAAAAAUUGGUUCUAAAAUUGCUUUAGCAUUAUGUGUUAUAUCUAAUGGUUUCUUUGCAUUCAUGUUGGCUUUAUUAACAAUUAAUUUAUUUGGCGCCUUUGUUAAUCCGAUUUUACUCAGCGAAGCAAUUCCAUUUUUAAUAAUAACAGUGGGAUUUGAAAAACCAUUCGCUUUAACGAAAGCUGUACUCACUUCAUCACCGUCUUCCUCCACUUCAUCAUCUCUAAUUUCAAUCGAAGAAAAGCUAUCUGAUAUAAUUCCAUUCAAUGUUCGUGAUAGUGUAAUAGCUGGUGUAACCAAAGAAGGUCCAAAUAUAGUCAGAGAUUAUUUUGUUGAAAUCGUUGUAUUAUUCUUUGGCGCAAUGUCUGGUGUAUCAGGAUUACAAGAAUUUUGUUUUUUGGCUGCUUUCAUUCUUUUGUAUGAUUGUUUAUUCUUGUUCACUUUUUAUACUGCGAUGUUAACCCUUAAACUUGAGUUGAAAAGGAUCAGAGAAGCCAAAGUAUUAAAAAAAUCUACAGAAAGAGAUGUAAUCACCAGUAGUCCAUCAAGCAUCAGACAAAGCAUUAUUAAAGCAUUCCGUGAUAACACUGUAGAAACUGAAGAAGCCAAAAAGUAUGAUAAUCCAACGAUUGCUAGAGUUAAAUUAUUGAUUAUUGUUGGAUUUGUUAUAAUGCAUGUUUUAAAUUUCUGUACAACUUUACAUUCAAACAAUGAUGUUUCUAUGACACCAAUUAAUACCACCACCACACCAACAUUAUCAUCUUUACCUUUUUCUGAACUUGACUCAUCAUCAUCUCUUCCUCCUUCCGAAUUCGAUCUUAACUCUCCGCCACUUCAAUUACCACUCACUUCAUUACUAAAUCAACAUCAACCUCUUCAAUCUUCAAGCAAUUUAAAUCUACCAUUAUUGGUUCACGUCACCUCACCUUUAACCUUUAAAGUUUUAGAUUCUUCCAACUCUAAAUCCAUUUGGGCCAAUCACUACGGUAGCGGCAUCGAUUCUGAUUAUGAUCACAGUUUCAACGUUAUUAAACUUUUUUAUAAUAGUUUUGAUGCGUUGAUGAAUUUUUGGUCCUUAUUUGUACAAGAUCCUGUAUUAUCCAAAUGGAUUAGCGUAGGUUUGGUGUUUUCACUUGUGUUAAACGUUUACUUGUUAAAUUCACAUAAGCAGCCUAAAAGUGAUGCAAACAAAAAUCAUGAAAAUCAUUGUGAUGAACAUUACGAAGAAGAGAAACUAGAUAGUGAACUGAAAAAUAAAAAUAAAUCAGAUGAAUCAAAAUCAAUAAUAGUAAAUGAUGAAUCAAAAACAUCAACACAUACUACCGUAACAGAUACCACCACAAUAACUACUGAUUCCGCCACAACAAAUAUUCAAUCAAUUGAGGAAUGUGAAACGAUAUUAAAAGAACAAGGUUCAUCAUCAUUAAAAGAUGAAGAAAUACUAUCGUUAUUGAAUGCCGGCAAAAUAUCUUCAUAUUCAUUGGAGAAAAUUUCAGCAGAUAACUUGGAAAGAGCAGUGAAAAUACGUCGAGCUCUUAUCUCCAGAUCAUCAAUAACCAAAACUUUGGAAAAUUCUUUGUUACCAAUAUCAAACUAUGAUUACGGUAAAGUUUUGGGUGCUUGUUGUGAAAAUGUAAUAGGCUAUAUUCCAAUACCUGUUGGUGUAGCUGGUCCAUUGAAUGUUGACAAUGAAUUGAUUCAUAUACCAAUGGCUACAACUGAAGGUUGCCUGGUAGCUUCUACUUCAAGAGGUUGCAAGGCAAUAAAUAUGGGUAGUGGCGUUACAACUGUAUUGACACAUGAUGGUAUGACAAGAGGUCCAUGUGUGGAAUUUCCUAAUAUUGUCCGAGCGAACGAGGCUAAAACCUGGUUGGAAGGUGAGGGUAGUGAGAUUGUCAAGAAAGUAUUUGAUUCAACUUCAAGGUUUGCCCGAUUACAAAAACUCAAAUCCACGCUAUCAGGAAAACUGAUGUUCAUCAGAUUCUCAACCACAACAGGUGAUGCAAUGGGAAUGAAUAUGAUAUCGAAGGGUUGCGAGAAAUCUUUAUCAACAAUGUUGGACUACUUUCCUGAUAUGCAAAUAGUUUCUUUAUCCGGCAAUUAUUGUACUGAUAAAAAACCAGCUGCUAUUAAUUGGAUUGAGGGACGUGGUAAAUCUAUUGUUGCCGAAACAAUCAUACCGGGUGAAAUAGUUAAAAAAGUAUUGAAGACUAGUGUGGAAAAUCUGGUGGAUUUAAACACUUCCAAGAAUUUGAUUGGAUCUGCGAUGGCUGGUAGUAUUGGUGGUUUUAAUGCUCACGCUGCUAAUAUUUUGACUGCCAUCUAUAUCGCGACUGGUCAAGAUCCUGCACAAAAUGUUGAAAGUUCCAAUUGUAUAACAAUGAUGAAAUCAAUUAACAAUGGACAAGACUUACAUUUAACUUGUACUAUGCCUUCGAUAGAAGUUGGCACAUUGGGAGGUGGUACUAUACUAGAAGCACAAAGUUCAAUGUUAGAAAUGCUGGGUGUAAAAGGUGCACAUCCAACUACACCUGGAAAAAAUGCACAAAAAUUAGCAAGAAUUAUAUGUGCAGCUGUUAUGGCUGGUGAAUUGAGUUUAUGCUCUGCAUUGGCAGCAGAAUCUAGUAGUCAUAAGGGUUCACAUAAUCAUAUGGAUUCACAUCAUCACGAAACAACAAAUGAUUCCACUUCAUCUACAACGCCUAUGGUUAACAGAAAUGCAGAACUUCUUGCAUCAGCACUUUCGAUUAUAACCAAUCAAACAGUCGUUUCUCACGACGAAUAUUUAAAAAAUAAAAGUAGCGGCAUUUUAUUUAAAAAUUUAGAUAAUGAUGCUUUACACAAAUCUUCAUUGGUAGGCGGUUUGGUCUCAACUGAUUUGAAUGAUUUAGCCGUAAAACCAGAUUUUAAGAUUGAUAAUCUUAUGGAUGCUGAUGACGAGGAAGACAUUCCUGCUCCUCCAAAUGGAAUGCAAAUUAUUGUUAGAGUUUUAACUGGAAAAAUGAUUUUUGCUGGCAAACAAUUAGAGGACGGACGUACUCUUAGUGAUUAUAACAUCAUGAAAGAUUCUACACUUCAUCUUGUUUUGAGACUAAGAGGAGGAGGAGCCAUCAGUUAUAUUAUUCCAGAGGAUGCUUUAAAUCCUAAGUUUGAUUUUGAUUUUACAUCGGUUCGUGACACUGGGCUUACGUUUAUGCGUGGAAAUUUCCAAUAUAGACGUCCAUGUGGUUGGAAUAGAAUCGCACUUCAAGUGACCAAUAAAUACGAAGAUAAUAAAUGGUUAGGUGGUGUGACACAUAAAUUCAGAUACGCAUCUGAGGCUGACGAAUGGCCUGUCAGUUAUCAUGGAACUGGAACCUUUAAUGGUAAAACCAUGGCACAAGAUGCUUAUGAACAUAGUGCAGGGAAGAAUUUCCCCUAUAGUACAGGAAUUUAUUCUACACCAGAUAUCAAUGUUGCAGUUCGUUAUGCCGAAAAAUUUGUUCAUAAUGGUGCUGAAUAUCGUGUCGUAUUUCAAAAUCGAGUAAAUCCUGCAACCUUAUCGAUUCUUUCUGCUGCCGACACUAAUUGUGGAGAAUUUUGGAUUUCACCUAGAGAUACUGAUGUUAGACCAUAUGGAAUGUGCACAAAAAAGA